AGAUUGUCAUGAGUUUGAGGCAGCCUAGGUUAGAAUGAAAUCCUAUCUCAAAAAACACAGAAAUAAACUUACCGACGAAACAAUGACAACAAUAAAAACCGGGCCUAUAAAAGUGUAUGGGUGGAGGCCAUUUUAGAUGGAGUACUGGAUUUUAGCAUUAUGCGAUGGAGCACGUUGUAAAGUGCAUCCUCCCUAUUUGCCAUAGGUCAGUGGCUUUUUUUUUUUGAGCAAACGACUCUCUUAUUGGCUGAUUGAGCAGAUACCCUGGCACUCCACACGUGGCAGUUCUGCCCCCUGUGGGAGUCUUAGACUAGAGAGGCUGUACAGAGGACACGGAAGUAGAGUUGUGUCUGUGAGAGUUGCUGUGAUUAGGGCUCUCCUGGGAGACAGAGAACUAGAGAGAAGGAAGCCUUAGUCCUGGUACCACCUGGUGCCGAAGCCUGCUCAGACAACGAACUAUGCACCGGCUAAUUUCCAGAUUUCGUGCCAUCUUUCAAAGGAAAGCGGACCUGAAGGAGGCGAGGGAAGAGCAGCAGAGGCUCUUGGAAGAUGAUACCAUAUUACAAUACAAACAUCAAGUUAUGGCAGGGUCCUGUACUAACUAUGACUGGAUCCACUUCAGUACUGACGUCAUCGUGACUUGCGACAGCCCUCCGAAAGUUCAACAAAAACUUCCUGCAGCUGCAGAAGAACAAAGCACUCACGGAUUGAACUCGGUCACAGUGGAUGCUCUCUCCUAUGACCAUGAUGAACAACCAGCAGACUCUCACAUGAGAGUUUUGUUUGGCUGUGUGACAGGUGACACUGACUACAAUGAUCACGGAUUGUCCUUCUCUCUAGACAUUGCUUGUAAAGAUUUUCGGCCUUAUAAUGGUGACCUGGUAGAAAUUGAGUUUUCUGAUGAGCAAGACACACAGAACAGAAGGGCCAUCUUGGUGAAGCCUCUGAAACAUUGUCAUAUAAAUGAGGCCUGUGUUACAAAAAUGGAUGGAAGAACUGGGGUGUUGGAAAACGACAUCUUUUUCACCUUGGAUUCUCUUAAACUUCCUUCUGGAUAUGUGCCGCAGGCAGGUGACGUUGUCAAUGUGGUUGCAGUGCAGAGCAUUCAUCCCAACUAUUUCUGGAGAGCAGUUGCUAUGACCCCAGUACAAGUGUUGUAGGAACCAAACCUGUGUUCAAUCUUCAGCGUUACUUGUAUGGGUAGUGAAGGGCCUGGUUUAAUAUUUAAUAUUUUUUCUAGUAGAACCCAUCCUCCCAUGUUAGAAUGCCAAAGCCAUACACAGUGUUGUUUGUCCUGUAGCUCUGAGCAGUGCCUGGUGGAUGGGGCAGACUGCACGUUUAUACCUUCAAUAAAGCUAUUUCCUGAGCAUCAA